AUGCAAUUCAAAAAUUUAGCUAUCACUUCAAUCUUAGCCUCAUUAGCUUCAGCUCAAGCUUAUUCAAACGGAACCAUUGUCACAGAACUCAGAACCGUCACUGAAUAUACUACUUAUUGUCCAGAGCCUACAACCUUGACUAUCACCGUAUGUGAAGAAAGUUCAAUUUGUACCGCAUCUACCAUAAAAGUAUUGGAACCUCAAACAGUCACCAUCACUGAACCUUGUAUCAUUCCAACUACAUACUUAACAACUUUCGAAGACUUGACUACAACCGUCACUUUGACUUGUGAUAGCUGUAGUUCAGUUCCAGCUGAAGAAACAGAGCCUGUUGAUGAACCUGUUGUUCCACAACCAACCUUAUCAGAAUCAGUUGCUCCAGCUCCAGUUCCAUCAAGUGUUUCAGAAUGGGAAGGUGCUGCUGCUCAAAAUGUUGCUGGUGUUGCUGCUGGGUUAAUUGCUGUUGUUGCUGCUUUCUUAUAA